AUGACUCCGCUCAAUCUCGCCGUCGGCUCAGUUUUAUCUAUUGAGUUUGUAAUCACGUUUAUAGAACAGAUUUUAUAAACAAUUUUAUAACCAUUCAUGCAUCAACAGCUGCACAAAACCCGAAACCGAAACUUUUUGUAAUGUAGCGCCACCACAAAAGCCUACUGUAGCCUGAAAGACUUGGAAGCUCAUGGCCGAUCCUGGUCCCACCAAUGGUAGCAUUAACUCUAUGAAUGGUAGUUCUGCGGUUACUGGCUAACUGCUGUUUGCAAUUACGCAGGUAUCGCUGAUAGGCUAAAUUUCGCAUCUUACUUCGUGAUGAAGCUUACGUAGUGGUUACAGUUAUGUUUUAUUAUAAUGCUGACGUGAGCCCGUGGCUCCUCAGGGACAGCAGUCUUUGUAAAUAACUGCGCGAAGCAGCUGAAGGAGGACCGUUCUGCGGAUGCUAUUUGUGCUCUCAGCAGGGGGCAGAGAGAGCUGGCCCAGUGCAGAUGCUGGUAGUUCCUGCCGUGUGCUAAGCAUGGAGACCUCGCCUCCAGAAAGGGCCCUUGCGCAGCCUUUCUUCUGCCGCCACGGGCCAUCUUCACUGAAUGUUUCUUCGAUGCACAGACACGCUGAUGCAAGGUCAUCCCUGUGGUUGAUAUGGCUGCGCAAGUAUGUCAUCCUCUGCCUGGUAUGCGGUGGAUCUGCUGUCUUUGUUGGGGUGCUCUUCAUCGCCAUUUACUUCACCCUAAAGUCUUACACGUCGUCACUGCAGUUUUUCGAAACCAUACCCACCUACGUACCUGCCGCGGUGCUAAUUUUGACUGGACUUAUGGUUAUGUGCUUUGCCAAGCGAAGGAACCGAUACACUUACUUGGUGAAGUUUGCGGGUGGCUGCUGCCUGACUUGUGUGCUCCUCUGCGUCGUCAUCACCGUCACGACCACGGUGGUGCACAUGAACCGGCUGCAGACGCUGCACAAGUGUGAUUACUCAGCCAAAGACAGGGCCUGCAUGUGCCUGUCGGCCAUCGCUGAGACACCCGCCCAUGAUGGGGAGCACCAGUUUGUGUUUAACGACACGCCUAGCUGCGAGGUGGUUCAUGGCAGCCUCUAUGGCUGUCUUCGUGCGCUUUUCGGCCUGUCAGUGGUUGGCAUCUUGGUGUGCAUCUUCUCCUCCAUGCUUGUCUACCAGCUGCUUAGCCAUGAGCGCAAGAAGGUCUACCUCGAACAGCUGGAACUGCGUCGGAGGCUUCUGUACCGUCGUCAUCCCAACCAUGGCCUGUGUGCCUGCUACGGGGACAUGUGCCACCCGUGGCCUCUUUGGGAUGUGCUUGACUAUCAUCUGCUGGCACCCCACCAACAGAAUUCACACGACCGUCCCAGCACAGAAGAGCUUGUUGGCGUAGCUGGCCACUCGCAGAGCCGCACAGCUGUCCUCCGCCGUCGCCGACCGCCACUCUGGUGGCUGCCAUGGACACGCCGCAGCACUCGUUCCUCUUUGCCACGGCCUAGCUGCAAUACUGCCGAACGGCUGCUCGUGCGAGAUGGCUGGCGUUGCAGCUCACCUGCCGAGCUCAUCAACCCUCCUGGUAGUUCGCUGAGCCCAUGGCGGAACGGGUGCACCCAUGGCAACGGUUCACGCAGUGGCGAGGCCCGUGGCGUGUCUUCACGCAGUGCAGUGACAGCGGUGGCACGUGCAGCGCACCGACGCACACGUUCCAACGACGGUGUGUUUCACCAUCUUCAGAUGAACCCCCGAUAUGGCCCUCAGUCUUUCCCUGACCCACCGUGCAGCUACACAGAGAUCCCUGCAUAUCUGUGGGGUCCGCCACCACCCUACUCACAGCCGCCAUCUCUGGAGGACGUGGCAUGCCUCGGUGCGGAAAGCUCACCACCCGGAGCCAGCCACUGCAGCGUGGCAGAAGGUGCACUCCAGGGCGAAGGCUGCUCCUCCAAGACAAGCACUCCCUCGGCCGAGAGGCACGUUGUGGUCACCAUUGGCGGUGACUUCCCAGAGGUACACUGCCGGGCAGAGACUGCGGCGCAUGACGGAAAGCACGGCGCUAUGGAGAGCAGCUCAUUCAUUGUUGAGGUGCCUUGUUUUCUUCACAAGGGUGGCCUGGUUUUCCACACGUUGCCCGCUCGCAGUCGGCGUAAAAGGCAGCCCAGCCCAUUCAAAUCUUUGUCCAACAUUCCUCUCUGCAUAUCAAGGAGGCUAAGUCUAUUGCGGCACGAGAACAUUCGCAAUGGUGGAAGCCUCGCAUUUCUCCGUGGUAGAAAGGCAUCAGCCUUAGAGUGGCCAGAAGAGAACACCAUAAUCUCUGAACUGGGACACACAGUUCGCGUAAUUUGCGAGAAGCCCCGAAAGCAGACGUCCAUUGAAGACAGCAGCAACAAUGCCACAGAGACCGCCACGCCAACUGUUGUGACAUUGGAGACGAGUCAGCUUGCACCCACCACUGAGCCUUCCUGGGUGCCCGCGGCCAGUGUGAAGGUGCUGGCCCCGGUGCAUGCACACUCCAUGCCAAACCUCAGUAUAACUGCGUCGUCUGGUUCCUUGCACGUCUCGCACCACAAUGACGAAGAGGAAGAGGGCGAGGAAACGUGGACGUCGCGAGACUUUGCCGACACCGGCAGCGACGGUAGCCAGCUCUCAGAUGCCACGUCGGCCCCCUCCAUUCCCGACGAAGAGGAGUACGUUUAUGAGGUGGAGUCUAGUCAGGCCAGUGCAGUGCCUCCGCCGUUGCCACCAAAGUGUCUCACUUGGGGCGAGAGGCGGCAAAGGUACGUAGUGCUGUCCAAGCGUCAGGGUUUGCCGCCUCUGCCCAUGGCCAGGGACCCGGUGACGUUCCUACUCGAGACAGGCAGCUGUUGCGCAUGCCCUUCGCAGCCACAGCCACGUGCUCCGGCACCAGAGACAAUGCCCAGCUCGGCAGCUUGGGGCACGGAGCUCAACAGGCAUUUCGGCAGUGAUGUGGGACACGAAUCGCUGAACAUCUCACGAUGCUGACGUCCAGCCUCCACACACCUGUACAGUGCGCCUGCUCGUACCAGCUUGCUUUAAAAAGGUGGUGUUGUUCUUGUGACUUGAAGUACACAAAAAAAAGAAAAAAAACAGUGUCUGGUACUACAGUAAUGUGGGCGGCUUUGUUGCGCCAGUGGUGGCAACUGUGCCGGAUUGCAUGCCAGCAGUGUUGCCUCUUCUUUGUGUGGAUCUUCCAUAUCACAUUAUUGGCAAAUUGCAUUACGUUGCCCAUGUUGCAGACUGAUCCAGCAACCCUAGUAUCUGUAGUACAGAGUUCCCCCGUCUCAUUGAAGUAUUUUAGUUUUUAACCAAGCAUCAAUUUUUUUGAUGGAAUAUUUGAGCUUCAAAAGCAUUUAAUUGCAGUGCUGUCAUGCUUCAACAAGCAUUGUUGGUUGCAGCAUUAAUGAACAAACUUUUACUAAAGUAUUGUUGCACUUUCUUGCAUUUAUAUUUACUCUUGAUGUAGUGUAAUGUCCUGUGUGCUGUACUUAAUGCAUCAAUUGUGCUGAUCCGAUGGUGCUUUUAGAAAAUGCUGCUCACAGUUAUUUCUUUUUUCAUAGUUUAACUUGCACUAUUCAAGAUUAAGGGUUACCCACCAUUGCUGUUGAGCUAGAGCUGGAGGGUCCAAUCCUGGCCCCAUUUGAGAUGGUGUUGAAAUAAUAAAAAAAAGAGUGUACCUAGAUUUAAGUACACAAACAUGCCAAAAUUGGAAAACAAAAAAUUAUUAAUAAUGCAAAGUGUGUGAGUUGACUUCUUUGAGAACACAUAGGCAGUUUGCAGUAGAAAUAGAGCUAUAAAGCAAAGAUCACAUUUGGACAACUAUGUAAAAAAUUGUUUAUUCUAACAACCACUGCUAAGGCACGAGGGGCAGGUUCAAAGAUCACUCUUUCUUCUUCACAACUUUCAGAGUGUUUUGAAAUAAGAAAACCUUGUAUAUUGUGUAUGUGACAGAGAACAAUGCCACAAUACCCAGCAUCACAGUUCUUCUGUGUUCCUGUAAAAGAAUAAAAUGCGGUGUCAACAGAA